AUGGAUUCGGACACGAUGGACCAGAUCGAGAUUCCCAUCAUCGACACAGAUGAGCCGCUUUUUGAUGUGCUCCAGAAACUGUCCCACUUCAUAACCAUGGCGGUCAGCGAUACGGCAUACUCUUUCGAGCAGAUGAGGCAUGGGUCCCACGGCCAUCGUCUGAGACAGCUGGUCCAUGCAUUGGCUGAGGACAGUCAUAAUCCCUUGAUAAUUGUCGCUUUGAUGAUCUUGAAGUGGGAAUUCACGAGUUGCACUGAUGAUGACUGGGGGCUGAACGAAAGCCGAGGACAUGCCUGCGAGUUCGUUGCCUGGCAAUUCUUGUGCCAUCUAAACCAGCGUGAAACCAUCGAGUUUUUGCUCGAGGAACUUCCGAUCCCACGACGGAAUUCGACAAACCUCGUCGAGGCCGAGAGGGGAGCUUCUGACUUUGCCUCCCAUCGAGCAGAGACGCAACAGACGGAGGAUGAGACGACCCCUCUCCUGUUGAACUCAUCGUCUUCUCUUUAUCGACUAUUGUCUGGAAAAGUCGGCCCAGAAAGUCAAUCUACCCAAAGCCACCAGGGAACACAGACCUAUCAAGAGGUCUGCCUCGCUCAGAAAUAUUCUCGAUUUUUCGGGUUGAAUGCACUGGAGAUCGCAACAAUCGCCCAUGCCAAGAGCUUUCUUAGCCAAAGAGUUGUUCAGCGAGUGGUGGAUGAUAUCUGGCGAGGGGAGAUCGUCUUCUGGGACUCCCUGACAGUUCAUUCCCGGAAGAAACCACAACUAUUCAACGAGCGAACGGCCGAUCCCUACUCCCGCUUGAGAGUGCCUGUUUACCGCAAAUUGUUUGAAGCUGCAUUCUUCAUCACCUUUCUCUUCCUCUACUAUGCGGUUCUAGUAGAGAGGAAACAAACGGGAAUUGGCAUUUUUGAGACUUUGAUGUAUAUUUGGAUUGUUGCCUUCGCCUACGACGAAUUGAGCGGUAUUGUAGAUGCCGGAGUACUCUUUUACCAGAUGGACUUUUGGAGCCUCUGGAACUUGGGCAUCAUCGGUGUUGGUAGCGCCUUUGUCAUUGCCCGGGUCAUCGGACUAGGCAGACAGGACAACUCCAUCACUGAUCUGUCAUUUGACAUUCUUUCGUUGGAAGCGUUGUUUCUUGUUCCCAGGAUCUGCUCUCUCGUGAGCUUGAACUCUUACUUCGGCAGCCUAAUCCCUGUGUUGAAAGAAAUGACGAAAGCCUUUUUCAGGUUUCUACCUGUGGUGGUGGUGUUGUAUAUCGGGUUCUUGACCACGUUUACCAUGCUCGCCCGUGACCGCUUGUCGCUCAGGCAGAUGUCCUGGAUCUUGGUGAAGGUGUUCUUUGGGUAUGGCGGUGUAAAUUCCCUUACUCGUCCGCUAUGCUGGCUGACCAUGCGAUCCAGAUCGAACGUUCUCGGUUUUGACAUCGCGCAUGAUAUCUCCCCGAUCUUCGGGCUGGUUUUUGUGUCAAUGACAAAUCUUCUGUUGAUUUCAUCGCUGAUCAGUUUGAUGAGCCUGAGCCUGGAAGGAGUGUUGCUUCAUGCCCGCGAAGAAUAUCGUUUCCAAACUACUCCACUCACUUCUGGAACUCUAUGCUUACCCCUGUUCCAGAAUCUGAUCCCUCUCCUGUGUAUCCGUCCCAUGCGGCUCUUCCUGUCUGCGGGGUCCGUUCGCCGCGUACGCAUCGUCUUGCUCCGUGCAACCCAUCUACCAUUUGUCACAUUGAUCUGGAUCUAUGAGAAGACCCGACGUCAUGCGCAUCGGCGGCGGACUAAUCAAUUGCCCCCGUUGCUUGCCGCACGAGAUCUCGGUCGUCGUACUUCUGUCAUCGAACCUAGCCCCUCUUGGUGCCAGGACCCACUACAUCCUUCCGUAGCGGAUACACAUCGUCUAGGCCUUGGUAAGGCCAAAACGAGCCUGGAUCAGCACGCGGGAGCGAACGAACCAGGGCGAGCCGAACGGGCUGAUCAAGUUGACGACAUGAUCGACGAGGUGGAACGGCUGCGUGCUCAAGUGGAGCGCGUAGUAGCGACAGUUGGAGUGCAGCGCCGCCGGUGA